AUGAUUUCAUUUGAUCAAAUUCUUGAAACUAAAAUUGGGACCGGAUUGUACUAAGGCAAAACACUCUUUAUUAUCGGUUUAGUUGAAUUUUGUGAUGGCAUUGAGUAUACAUUUAUGUCAAUUUUGAUUGCUAUUCUCUAAACUGAAUGGAAUUUGAAUUAAGCCUAAGUUGCAACUUUGGGAUCAUCUUUUCUUUUUGGAGUUGUAUUAGGAAAUUUAUUAUGUGCGUUUUUAGCUGAUCAAAUAGGCAGAAAAAUUACAUUCUCUAUAUUUACAGGUUUAAGUUCGUUUUUGGUAUUCUACACAAGUUUUAGUAAUUCUUAUGAAGAAAUGAUUAUGCUUAGACUUUGCUUUGGUUUAGUUUUUGGAACUACAAGCCCCUUGGGUUUUAUUUUUAUAUCUGAAGUGACAGAAGCUAAAUACAGAGGAAGAUUUUCUUUUGGAUUAUCAUUGCUCUAUAUUUUUGGAAAGAUAUACUUUGUCUUUCUUUGUUUCUUCUUUUUAGAUAGUUAUACAUCUGGUAAUUGGAGAGGUUUGAUUAGAUUCAAUGGAAUACCUAUCACAAGUGCUUUUAUAUUAUCAUUAUUUUUCGUUUAAGAAACAAUAAGAUACUAUUUAAAUAGAGAGGAAUAUUAAAAAGCAUUUGAAGAAAUUGAAAAAAUCAUUAAGUUAAAUGGAAAAGAGAAUGCAUAAUUUUAAGACGAAGAAGUAUGACAUUUAUUGUUAUUUUAAAGAAAAAAGGUUUAUAGGAAUGGUCCCAAAAAUAAAUAUAGGAACAUAGAGAAUAAGAAUUACAUUUAUAUGGGGUUCUAUCCAAUGAAUAUAGAAAAGAAACUUUAUUAUUGUGGCUGGUUUGCAUUCUUACUAAUCUAUAAAAUAUGAGUAUAUAUUUAUUGAUGCCUUUCUUAUUUGCUGAGAAUAACUCAGGAUUUGCACCUAUGCUAAAUAUGUUCAUAAUAGAAUUUUUCUUUGCAUUGAUCAUUUAUUAUAUGAUUGACAAUCCUCGUUAUGGAGGCAGAAUAAAGAUUAUGGCUUUUUCAGCUGCUGCACUAACUAUUGCUAAUGGUUUAUUAUAUAUUUUGAAGAAUUAAUUUUUGUAUAUAGGUUUGUUUAUAAUCAAAAUUUCAACAAGAGGACUUUUUUCAACUAUAGGCUUACUCUGUUGUGAAACCUAUCCUCUUUAUUUAAGAUCCUAAGGUUGUGGUUUAGUUUAGGCUAUAGGGAAAAUUGGUGCAAUACCAUCUCCUUAUUUUUUAUUUCCUUUAUUUUAUAUAGAUCCAUAUUUACCUUUCGGAAUUAUGUGUGUAUUAUCUAUUAUUAUCUUAACUGUUACUUGCUUUUUCAACUAAGAUAAAACUUAAAAGCAUUUAGAAAUGUUAAAAGAUGAAUGA